UAGAGUCCGGUUUGUUUCUAGGUUAAGUCAACCAUAUUGAUUGCUAACUUGUCAAAGUAGUUUGUGGUGUAAUUUAAGGAAAAUUACGGAAAUGUACGAAGAAAGCGAUUCGAAUUACAACUACGACUAUGAGAGCGAUUAUGGGGGCCACGGGGCCGAAUCAGCCGGGGAUGCCGAUUUCAAUCGUACGGCGAAUUAUAAGAUGCCCGAUGUCGUGAAGAAUUUCUUGACUUAUUUUCGAAAUGCGAUCAGCGAGGGAUCAGUUUUUGAACUUCAAAAUUUGUACGAAGUUCACUGGCCGAAGCUAACAGAAGAUUAUUUCGAAAAGAGACCAUGGCCGGAGGAGAGCGAAGUUUCCGCAGCUAUUACAAGCGACCCAGUAUUCAUGAUUUUAUACAAAGAACUCUAUUUCCGUCAUAUUUACGCUCGAGUUCCAGGAGGUCCAACAUUAGAACAACGUUUCAACUCGUUCUACAAUUACUGCGAUCUUUUCAAUUACAUCUUAAACUCCGAGGAACCGGUUCCAUUGGAAUUGCCCGAUUUAUGGCUUUGGGAAUUAAUUGACGAAUUUGUUUAUCAAUUUCAAUCGUUCGCUCAAUACAGAGCUCGUUUGCAAAAGAAAUCUCUUCAAGAAUUGGAGAUUUUGAAUAAUCAUAAUAAAGUGUGGAACGUUUUGUGCAUUUUAAAUGUUCUUCACUCGCUAGCGGAUAAAAGUAACAUUAAACAACAAUUAGAUGUUUAUGCAACUGGUGGAGAUCCCGAUAGUGUUGCUGGGAUGUUUGGGAGACAUUCCCUUUAUAAAAUGUUGGGGUACUUCUCGUUGGUUGGUUUGUUAAGAUUACAUUCUUUAUUGGGCGAUUAUUACCAAGCGAUUAAAGUAUUAGAUAACAUUGAGGUGCACCUUAAAUCUCAAUUUGCUCACGUCCCUGCGUGUCAAAUCUCCACAUCUUAUUACGUUGGGUUUGCUUAUAUGAUGAUGCGAAGAUACUCAGAUGCUAUUAGAAUAUUUUCAUCGAUUUUACUUUACAUACAAAGAACGAAACAACUUUUCGCCACAAAAAGUUAUCAACACGAUCAAAUCAACAAACAAACCGACCAAAUGUAUCAUUUAUUAGCGAUUUGUUUGGUGUUGCAUCCCCAGUGUAUCGACGAAUCAAUCCAACAAACUUUACGUGAGAAAUUGUACCACGAAAAAAUGUACAAAAUGCAAUACGGUGAUUUACAAGAAUUCGAAAAUUGUUUCUUGUUCGCUUGCCCGAAAUUUUUAUCACCAUGUCCACCCCCGGUAGAUGCACCACCAGAGGAUUAUUCUAAAGACGAAAUUAAAUUGCAAACUCAAGUUUUUGUGGAUGAAGUCCAACAACAACGUACUUUACCCACGAUUAGGAGUUAUUUAAAACUUUACACCACACUUCCUUUAGCUAAAUUAGCCACGUUUAUGGCUCAAAAUCAACGUAGGGAUGAGAAUCCCAUUGACAUUGAUAAGGAAAUUGAAAGUUUGAUUAUUCAUUUAUUGUGUUUUAAGCAUAAGAUGAAAAAUUUGGUUUGGAGUAAAGGAUCAUCUGGGUUGGAGGGGAAAUUUCAAAGUGGAUCGGAGUUGGAUUUCUACAUCGAUAAUGACAUGAUUCAUAUCGCUGAUACUAAAGUGGCUCAUCGCUACGGGGACUUCUUUAUUAGAAAAAUCUUGAAAUUCGAAGAGUUGAACAGGAAGCUACAUCACUUGAAGAUGUAGCUUAAUUGUUGACGCUUUGGACUAAAGUUUUACGUCGAUAAAUAAGUCCUUUUUAUAAGAAAAAAUUAUUCAAUAAAAUAAAACAAUUCUAAAUAAAAUUAAUUCAUUUUUA